CUGUGUCUCCUUAGUGAUAGAGAGACGCCGUGUCAUGUGACCUCCUCUCCGGCAACCAUGUCUGAUGAGGGCAAGAGACCGGCACAUGCAGGGAGGGCGGCAGCGGCCAUGUCAGGUGAGGGCAGAGUUAUACCCGGGGCCGGGACUGAAUGAGGAGAUCAGCUUCAAGAACUACUACACCGCUUUCCUGACCAUUCAGAUGCAGGCGUCAGACCCCUCAGCCAAGCCCGGACCCUGGCGGACGUGUGUCAGCAACCUGCGCCUUAUGCCGAGCCCCCACACGGAAGAGGGGUCCCAGGACUACGUGUCUCUGUACAGGCAGCAGAUGCUGUGUGAUACAGAUAACGUAGUCUCUCUCCGUCUCAUCCUGCGACAGCCGUCACCGGUCUGGCUCACCUUCACCCUGGAAGACCUGCAGAUCAAUCCACCUGGAAGGCAGAGCCCGCACAGGGGGUUCUCCUGGUGGAUGUCUCAUCUUCCCCCCAAAGAGAAGCUGCGGAACCUGCACAAGGCUCUUCCGGAUCCAGAGCGCGUGUCCAGCGAGGUGCAGCAGAUGUGGGCGCUGACGGAAGUCAUGAGAGCCAAUCAGAGCGCAGUCAGCAUCGGCAGGUUUGAUGUGGAUGGCUGCUAUGAUGUCAAUCUCCUCUCCUACACGUGACGCGUGUACCUUCGUAUGGACGGACUCUGCGGUGGAUUAGCCAUAUGGGGCUGCGCACAUGUGUAUGACUACAAUACGGCAGCGUAACCUACCUCCUGUGCUGCCUGCCAUUUGCUGUGUGUUUGGACAUGGGAACGGCUCCAUAGAUGUAAUUCAGUGUAACCCGCAGGGCGAGGGUGCACAUAGCCGCUGCCGCCUGCAGAGGGAGCUCCCGUUGUGUUUGGAAUAAGCUGUGAUGCAUGUAGGAUCAGGUCACACGCUGCUGUGCAUGUAGUGCACCAUUCUGUGUGCUGGACUCUGGCUGCAUCUGUGCCCCCGUUACCCCAGGGACAGCGUUAUGUAGUAACUAGAGCGGAAGAUCAGUGAUGUCAUUGUGUGUAACCUUCCCUGAUGUGUAAUUACAUUCUCUCUCUCUUA